CCUCUCUCACACAUAGCCACGCCCAUCUCCGCUCCACACAUAGCCACGCCUCCGUAACGCCCCUCACACGGACGCCACGAUACUGAAGACUGCGCUGUCCUCUUAUUGGUCAGAACUUAGCAACCUAUGUUUCUAUGGUCAACAAGUAGGCGGUCAACAACUAGGCUCCGGUACGUGCCGAAGACCGAUGCUGUGAAAUAUGGAAGAAACAGCACAGGCCUCAUCAUCAGGAUGGCUGCAGUCCUUUGGGCUUCGUAAGAAGAAACUUACAAUGCCUAAAAUCCUGGCACGGCUUGGUUUUCAGCAGAAAGAAGAUUAUGUGAAUAAACUAGGGCGCCCAGUGUCUUCCCGGUAUUCUCAUGGUCUUUUCCGACAAUACACCAGCAAUGGUAAAAUAUACAAUUUGACAGCUAAAAAAGAAGAAGUUUUACAGAAAGUUGAAUCGAUUACAAACAUCAUUGACCUUUACAAACAAAGACUGGUGUGGCUGAACAGCUCAAGUCGAUCAGUGUUUGGAGUUGUCCAGGAACAAUCCGUAGUCAUUAUACUUGACCUUAAUGCAUCCAACAAAGAACAACACAGCCUGUGCCUGGAUGCCAUAUGCCUUGUCAUCAGAGAGCAAAUUGCACACAUUUCCAAGUUCAAUCUCAUUUGGGUUUCACAAGAGCCAGUGAAGUGGCAUCAGAAGAUAAUCCGGAUCACUCAGCACUCCAUAGAAGAAGCUGUGGAAUGGAUUCAGACACUUCAGCAGUCUCCAGUGACCAAUGUGGAUAGUGCAGCUGAAGCUGUAUCCGAAGCCUUGGAUGACCAGAUGGAGGCUAUAUAUUACUUUUCAGUUGGGGAUAUGUCUGCGGCAAAGAUACAGAAACUGAAGCAAAGUAUAGAAAACAUCCCCUAUCCACUGCAUGUUGUGUGCUAUAACCCACACAAAACCAAGACUAUAACAUUGUUGAAUGAGUUAAGUCGUCACACAUCAGGAAGAUUCCAUGUGUAUUUUGAGAAAUAUAAAGAAGAGAAGGACAUGAAGACAAAUCAGUCCAAUGGAUAUCCAGAUAUGCCAGAACCAUUAAAAGAUCUCCCAGAACUUGAUGUGAAGAAGGAUGAACUGCUGAUUAAAAAGGAACUGAGUGAAGCUCAGGAGAAUCUAAAACAACUACAGGACAUAUGGAAGACUUUCUACCACUUAGAAGAUGAAAAGGACAGCACUGUUAUGGUAGAGGAGACUUCUGAAGAUUGUGUUAGCUCCAAAGAAUGGCUGAAGAAGUUUGGUUUGAAAACACAGAAGUUGUUGUUUUACGAUGCCCUUGCUGACUGUGCCUUUCGUCACAGUGAUGGAGUAGUUGAUAUAAAAACCAAACCAGAGGAUGAGUCCAUACAGACAGAUGCAGAAAACAAUAUGAAACUGAUAAAUGCCAAGUAUUGUGACCGGUUUGUCCAUGUGCUUUGGAAAGAUGGCUCUGUGGCACAUGUGCAUAUCAGUAAGGAGAAGUGCCGGUGGUAUGAGGAGAAAAUGAGGACUGCGCUAGACCGAAUGAAUAGAAGAGUCAAAUGGCUUCAGAAUGGAAGUAGAGAGCUUUUUGGUACUAUCCUUGAAGAUCAAGUGUAUGUUCUCAUUGAUACCUCACAUUCCAUGAAGGACAAGCUAUUUUUAGUGAGAGAGAAAAUUUUGCAGCUUCUGCAGGAGCAGCUGAAACACAAGAGAAUGUUUAAUUUUGUAAAGUUUGACUCAAGAGUAGAGGCCUGGAAACCAAAGUUGGCAGAGGUCAGUGAAGAUUACAUAAAGGAAGCCUGGUGCUGGAUUAAGGAGCUUCAGGUUGGCAGCUCAACAAACACUUUGAAGGCUCUGGAGGUUGCCCUCACUGACAGUAAUACCCAAGCAGUUUACUUACUUACUGAUGGAAGACCUGAUCAGCCUACUGACACUAUUAUUGAUCAAGUGAAUGUCCUAAAUCGAAUACCAAUACACACAAUUUCAUUUAACUGUGAUGACACUGAAGCAAACAGCUUUUUAUAUAAGCUCUCUGGCAAGACUGGUGGCCGAUAUCAUACUUACAGUAGUUACCUUCUGGAUCCUGACGCACCUAAACCAUUUGUGAGUGAAGACAUACAGUUGCUUUUAAAUGAGAUUGAAGAAGGGAAAUCCACUUUGGAAAAAGUAAAAAAACUCCAUACAGAUUGUUUGAUGUUGGACUGGUGCCAUAAUGGUGGCACUGAUCUUUCACAAAGGACAUUACAGAAGCAAAUCCAUACAUCUCUUUCAAGGUUGCAGUCUGCACAUGAACUCAGAUCUUCGUCAUCAUUGCUGCAUAGGUCAAGCUUAAGUCCUCCACGACUUCUCCAAAGAAAGAAGACACGGCAUGCAGAACAUACAAGGGCUAGCCUUCUGAGAGCUCUGAGCCAUGGAGUGAGGCUGUCUGGGAAUGUAGUGGAUUUACAUAUACCUUCCGAGACUAAAGAGUUGUUUCUUAACAUGGACAGGAAAACCGCAUCUGUACUUAAAGAGAUGAACCUUUUAGAAGGCAGCAAAGUUCAAUCAAAAGUUAAGAAAGUACCUAAAAAUUCCCUGGACAUUUCUUCAUCUCGUUGGCUGAAAACCUAUGGGCUGGUUCCAAGGAGGCUUACCAUAAUGGAUGCCCUGGCACCAACCACUGUCACACACUCUGCUAAAUAUAUCCCAAUUCUAGAUAAGCAUGUUGUUUCUAAAGUGUUUGAUGAGGUGCUUCCUCUGGCUCACAUAAGUGGAAACAGAAAACGUAUCACACUAAUUAAUCCCCAAGCUGUUAACCUCUCAGACUACAAAGAAAGGAUCCAACAAGCAAUUCAAUCGUAUGGAAGGCGCCUUAAUCUAAUCGUGUGGAGGGCUUUAUCCCAGGAGGAAAGGGACAACUUUAACAGUGAUGUUCCAAUAUCAUACUUGGAUAACAAAGAAGCACUCCUACAAGCUUUAGACAGACUGGGAUGGCCUAUAUCUGCUGAAGAUGUAAUGUUACUUGAGGAUGAACUACAAGCUGGGAAAACAUAUCUUCAACAGGCUUUGGAUCUGGAGGAAAUCACAAGUAAAAAAUCACUGGCUGAGAACUCAGAUAUACAGAAAUAUCAUGAAGGACAUGAAAAACAAAAGCACAAGUCGAAAAAAAAGUUUUUGGACACACUAAGAAGUCAAAAAGUCAUUGCAAGGUCUGAGAUUGAUGGAUUUUACUAUCCAGGAACCGUGGUUAAAAGUAUUAAUUCCAGGACUGCCCUAGUGGAUUUCUGGCUGGGAGAAAAUGUGGUUGUCCCUAUCAGAUUUAUAAUACAGACUGGAGGAGCUCUGCCCUGCCCAACUCUGAAGGUUGGAGAUUGUGUUUUUUCAAAAACUGGGGCAAAAGGAGGAGGAGGAGGUUGCUAUGUACCAGCAGUGGUCAUAGCAACACCCAGAACGGAUGCAGCGGACAAACUGUACACCGUUUUAAAGUACGACAAAAGAAAAGAACAUUGCUUAAGGUGUGAGCUCAUUAAAAUCACUCCAUCUCAAUUUGCCGUUUCUUGUGGAUAUAUUAGAAAGGCACAGAUGAUUGACUUUACAAUCCCUAGUGUUCAACUUGCAAAACCACUCAUGAUGCCAACCCCACCAAAGAAAGAGAAGAAAGCUGCACCAGUAUCUAGAAGAAGCCGACGGUCAGUAAUACAUAUAGAGCCAAGAACUCCCAGCGACAGUGACUCCUUGGCAAGCACUGAUAGCACUGAUCAAGAAAGAAAUCUUUUACAUGAAAACAUUCUCAAUAAGCUGGAGGACCUAGCCUCGCAAGUUACUCAAUAUCAAAAUGAACAAAAGGAAAAUAAAAAGGCAAUACAGGAAUACAUCAGAGAACUAAAAGAACAUCACUCUCACCAAGAUACAAGUGACCUACAAGAAGAAGCAAAACACACUACAAAAAAGAAAAUCAAUUUACUUGAGCAGCUAAAAUGGCUGAUACCCAUUAGAAACACAGAGAAAGAGAAGAAUGAGUCACCAGUUGAUUCUCCACUUCUACCAGGACAAAAGGUGCUGUCUAUCUGCUCUCACAAUGGAUGGUAUGAAGAAGGAUCUGUUAUCCACGACUGUGGAGAUCUUACCUAUUUUGUUGAGAAACCCUCUGGUGAAGUGUCCAAGAUACACAGAUAUGACCUACUGACUGAUGCUGAUGACGUCAAGAAAGAGAUAAAGGAAAAUGACCCUGUGAUUGGACCUCAUCCACUUCAUCCUGGGAGUUAUUGUCCAGGAGUUGUAUUAAACUGUACCCCUGAUCUUAACGUGACGGUGCGCUACUAUGACAGUACUGAAGAUUUUGUGCCAAGGGAACAUAUUUACUCCAUAAGCCCAGAAAAAUAUAAAAGAGAUACAUCCUACAUCUUGGCAUGUGUCGAGAGAUGGGUUGGGCAGCCGGUUGUUGCUAGGAAUGAUGAAACUGGAACGUUUCAUUUAGCUGAAGUCAAGAAGCAGACAGACAAUCACAAGAAGUAUGUAAUCUCCUGGGCAGAUGGUACAACAGCGAUACAAGACAUGGAAUGGAUUUUUGGAAAGUUCAGCCAACCACAUGUACUUAAUGUUGGCGAUCAUGUCUUGGCUUUAGCAUAUCCAUCUUCUCUGACAUUCUUACCUGGUAUCAUAUCUGCCAUUAAUGGGAUCAAGUUGCAAAUAGUGUUUUGUAAUGGAAAAAGAUGUCAGGAUAUGGAAGCUCAUCACUGUUUUGGCCUCUCGGAGAAGACCUAUGACAGUGCUGUACAAUUGUACUACAAGAACAACCAGACAGUAGAUUCUGAUGAAGAUCAUAUAAGUUCAGAGAAUGAAGAUUCACUUUCAGAUAUCUCUUCCUUUACAGUAUCAUCAGUUGAAUCAGGAAGGAGAAGUGUUAGAGGUCUGUAAUUCAUGUAACAGAGGAACACUGUAGUGCCAGAGUUAAAAAGCCAAGUUAUCACUUAUGUUAUUUCAACUUAUUGAAAUGAUAAGACUCCGGGAAAUAACUGCUUAAUCCUUGUACAUAUAUCUAUCUGCCUGUAUAAAGACAAUAUGAAGUAUGACACAUGAUCAUCAUUUUGCUACCACAGAGUAUAUGACGCACAAUCAUUUUUAGGCUUUUGAUUUGUCUGUUCCUCCUUCCAGCCCAUCUGACACUAUUAGAGCAUCACACAGAUGUCCUUAUUUUUAGUAAAGUUGUUAAAGUAACAGGUUCUCUGAAAAUGUGGUCAAGCCACUCGUGUUUCCAUUUUACCAGCCUCCGCAUUCCACCACCCCUACUGUUUACUUUAGUCAAGACUGUGCUCGGUACUGAAUGCCAAGGCCAAACUGGCAGUCACGUGUAAAGGGGCAGGCUGUACUUCAUUGGCUCAGCCAUGUCUCCAUCCAGGCCACCAGCGGGCUCCAAUUUUUGAGCAAUUUUUGUGUGCAGGAACAAUGCCUAGGAACAUCAGCAUGGUUAUGCUUAUGACAACAGCUAUUUGGUACUAUUUGGUACUACCCGGAGCUUGAUAUGAAAAAAAUUUGCUUUACAAUAAUAUCCAUAUGUCUAAAAAAAAUUGCCUCAGUGGGAUGAUGUGUCAUGAAACAGCAUAAGGUGACUGCAGCAGCAUACACUGGCUCCAAUUCUGCCGCCCAUAUUAAUAUAAAAAAAAAUCUGCUUUUCUUUUCUUAUUACUUUCGGCAUAUUUUACUGUGUUUUCCAUGUCUACAGUGUAUUAAAUUUUGUAAUGGAAGAAUAAGCAAGUUUUAAUUCAUUUUGUGCUGUGUCAACAUUCAUAUAGUUCCACUCAAUAUAUCUGCUAUGUAUGUUUAUCCUCCUUUCCUCACUUGCAGAUUAUGAAAAAAUACCUACAAAUUGGACCUGUAUGCCCUUUCUCUGGGUAUAACUUUUCU